AAACAGUUCAGGAACCAAAUUUAUCUCAAAAUUUGCAAUUAAAUUCAUGGUUUAAAAAUUGCAAGGCCUGAUUCCUGAAUUACGUAGAAAAUCAUAUUUUCAGAUGGCUUUAAAAAUCGGAUUGCUUUUGCGUAGAAAUUGUGCAAAUUUGAAUUUUGGUGGCAGUUUUCCACUUCACUCCGUUCGUUUUAUAUGCUCGAGCCGAAGUUCUACUCCAAAAAUGCGUUUUGUACAGUUUUUGCGUAAAAAUGAUAAUCGUAGACGACUCGGUGUAGUGUCUGAAGAUGGUACCAAGCUAGUUGAAUUAUCGGGUGGAGCUUGCAUUUCGAAUGACAUGGUUUCAUUCAUUUCCCAGAACAUUUCAUUAGAAGAGAUUCAACGCAAAUUGAGUGGUCUUCAGAGUGAGGAAAUGACAGAUUCACACAUUAUUCUACCGCCAUUGUCGAAUCCUGAGAAGAUAAUAUGCAUAGGAUUGAAUUACAAAGAUCACUGCGAAGAGCAAAAUAAGCCCGCUCCAUCGGAGCCCAUGUUUUUCAGCAAGUUUAACACAGCAAUUACAGGACCUACUGGAGAUGUGAUCGCGCAUAAAAUUACUACUAAAAUUGAUUGGGAAGUAGAGCUAGGAGUCGUUAUUGGAAAAGAAGCCAAAAAAGUGCCGAAAGAAAAAGCUAUGGACUAUGUAUUUGGCUACACCAUAGCUCAGGAUAUAUCUGCUAGAGAUUGGCAAAAGUCGCGUAACGGAGGUCAAUUUUUGAUCGGCAAAUCAAUGGAUUCCUUUCUUCCUUUGGGGCCAGCAAUUGUGCAUAAAAGUCUUAUUAAGGAUGUUUAUGAUCUAAAGAUGCGCACUCUUAUCAACGGGGUCGAAAAACAGAACAACUUCACUGGUGAUAUGAUUUAUAAAAUUGACGACAUCAUACACAGAUUAUCACAAAGUAUCACCCUGAAGCCUGGCGAUCUUAUUUUAACAGGCACACCGAAAGGUGUCGGCAUGUAUCGAAAUCCACCAGAAUAUUUAAAAGUGGGUGAUGUCAUUGAGACCGAAAUACAAUGCUUGGGUAAAAUGGUUAAUAACGUCGUCGCAGAUUCUUAAAGAGCUUUAAAUAUGUAAAAAGGUAUACUUUUAUACAAAUUAAGUUUAAAAUGGUCUUGCAUUUAAAUGGUAACAUUGUGAUUGUUAAAUUUUUGUAGAACUUGAACAUUAUUGAAAUUGUAGUACUGUAAAAAAUAAAGAAAAUGUAUUUGCAAUGCAA